GCCAGUUGUAGUUUUGCUUGGAAGCUAAGAUGAAAGGGGUCUUUGUUUCCCUUCUACCAGCACUGCGCAGGAUUGUCGUACAAGUGAACCAAUUGCGUUUUGUUGAUCUGUCCAAGUGGUUGCCUUAUCAGCAAAUGCUUUGGCAUUUUAAAUGGAGAUCCAAAAAAAGGACAAAAGGUCGAAGACAAUAUCUAGUAGUAUUCCUUGGAAAUAAUGCAGGUAGUGAGUGACACACUUAAAAAAAUAAAACGACAUGGAUUUAUAGAACCGACAAAGAUAUUGGAGAUAUGUACGCAUGAAAGCACUAACAAUAUUAAUAUCCAGUCAAAGAGUGAAUUCUAUCAAUCCAUGGGCACUUUUAUUGUUAAAAAAAUAGGAUGUAAUCUAUUCCAAGAUCUGUUGGUGCCCACUAAAACAAUACCUCAUCUUCGUUGGUAUACGAGAGCUCUAUUACAGUUGACAACUCUGGGGAAAUGGGAAGGUGGUUUGGGAAAAAACCCCAUUUGUAGUCAAUAAAACCAUAAAAGUAACUCUAUGAGUAUUGAAUUUUAAGAUGUCAAUAUUUAAUGAAUUUAGGGUUCAAGCUAUUGAGUUAUGCUAUCUGCCCGGGAAAGUCGUACACUAUAAAAGAAUUAAUCCCAACAGGCAUAUAAGUAUUCUAGAUUGCAUAGGCAAGUUCCUAGUUGGUUAAAGAGCUAACUCCGGUCCUUAAUUAUAGUAGGCCAUACUUAUCUUUCUUCCAAAGACACAAUGAAUAAAAUCUUGAUCACAUGAGACCCCAUCUGAAAGAUAGCUUGUCUUUGUCAUUUGAAAUAAUUUAGGUCUCCAAUUAGAACCAUGAAACAAUGACCUUCCAACCAUAUUCAUCUUUCCAUCUCUGCAAUAUUCAUCUUCUCUAUAUCAUAUUUAAGUUUUUUUUUAAUUAAUGAAACCAAGAAGGAAGGAAGAAAUUAAGAGAAGAUGAAGAAGCUGAAUUUGUUAUUGAGGAAGUGUAAGACUUUGUCAAGGCAACUAGGAAGAAGCUCAUCUUAUAGUAGUUUAAGGUCAAAAUCUGCAAGAGAAGAUUUUUGGAAUGUGGAAGAUAAUAUGGAAGAUUUUGAGACAAUUCUUGUUGGCAACUCAAGAAGGAAAUAUGUCAUAAAAUCAAAAUACUUGAGCCAUCCACUAUUGAAUGCUCUAAUAGAGAAAUCAAAGCAAAAGCAUGGGGAAAAAGAUCAUCUUUCCGUUAAGUGUGAAGUUGUGCUUUUUGAUCAUCUUCUCUGGUUACUUGAAAAUGCUGAUCCUAUCAACCUUAAUUCUGAUUCAUUUGAGGAAUUGGCUGAUCUAUAUGUUGUUUAAUGUGAAUAAUUUCAUUAUUAUUCUAUUAUUUGUUUUCAUUUCUCUAGUCAAAAAUAUGAUUUUAUUAGUCGUAAUAAGUGUUGAGGAGUGAUAACAUUCUCAUAAAAAAAUGAGAAGGAUCUUAGAUUUCUAUUAUGUAUAUAUGCAUUUUCCCAUUGGUUUACAGCUCUCAUUAUUCUUUAUUCAAGUUGUUGAUAUCCAAAUUCCAAUGUAAGAAUUAUAAAUCCAUUGUGUU